AUGCCUGUCUUUUUUGCUUUUGCAGUGGAGCACAUUCCCAAAGGGAACAACUGCCUGGAUGCGGCCAAGGCCUGCAACCUCGACGACACCUGCAAGAAGUACAGGUCUGCAUACAUCACCCCGUGCACCACCAGCAUGUCCAAUGAAGUCUGCAACCGACGCAAGUGCCACAAGGCCCUCCGGCAGUUCUUCGACAAGGUCCCGGCCAAGCACAGCUACGGAAUGCUCUUCUGCUCCUGCCGGGACAUCGCCUGCACAGAGCGGAGGCGACAAACCAUUGUGCCUGUGUGCUCCUACGAAGAGAGGGAGAAGCCCAACUGUUUGAAUUUGCAGGACUCCUGCAAGACGAAUUACAUCUGCAGAUCUCGCCUUGCGGAUUUUUUUACCAACUGCCAGCCAGAGUCAAGGUCUGUGAGCAGCUGUCUGAAGGAGAACUACGCUGACUGCCUCCUCGCCUACUCGGGGCUUAUUGGCACAGUCAUGACUCCCAACUACAUAGACUCCAGUAGCCUCAGCGUGGCCCCGUGGUGCGACUGUAACAACAGCGGGAAUGACUUGGAAGAGUGCUUGAAAUUUUUGAAUUUCUUCAAGGAUAAUACAUGUCUUAAAAAUGCAAUUCAAGCCUUUGGCAAUGGCUCUGAUGUGACUGUGUGGCAGCCAGCCCUCCCAGUACAGACCACCACUGCCACCACCACCACAGCCUUCCGGGUCAGGAACAAGCCCCCGGGGCCAGCAGGUUCUGAGAAUGAAAUCCCCACUCAUGUUUUACCACCUUGUGCAAAUUUACAGGCACAGAAGCUGAAAUCCAAUGUGUCGGGCAGUACACAUCUCUGUCUUUCUGAUCCUGGUUAUGAAAAGAACGGCCUCGCUGGUCCUUCCAGCCACAUCACCACGAAAUCCAUGGCUGCUCCUGCAAGCUGCGGUCUGAGCCCACUGCUGGUUCUCGUGGUAACUGCUCUGUCCACCCUAGUCUCUUUAUCUUUGGCGGAAACAUCAUAGCUGCAUUUAA